GUAAAAUUGUUACAAGAUGUUGGUUUCCAUGGCCUUGGUUGGCACCAGCACAAGCAUAUUUUAGCCUUUAUUUCAGGGCUGCAUCAGGUGACAAUUCGUGACUAUGAAGAUUCUGAAGGAAAGAACCCCUGCGCUUUGAUCAAUGAAUCCCAAAAAGAUGUUAGAAGUCUAGCAUGGCGGCCAAAUGGUGGGAGGACACUUUCUGUGGCCUGCAAGCGUGGCAUAUGCAUUUGGGCUGCUUCAUAUCAAGGCAACGCACCUUCAGUGAGAUCAGGAGUCACAUUGGGCACUCUCUCUAGAGGCUCAGGAACUAAAUGGACUCUUGUGGAUUUUCUUCGAAGUCCUGAACAUGAACAAAUUACUGCACUUUCCUGGAGCCCAAAUGGAAGAUAUUUGGCAUCAGCUUCAUUUGAGAGCUCUUCAUUCAUCAUAUGGGAUGUUGCUCAAGGAGUGGGAACACCUAUUCGACGUGGCUUAGGGGGCAUAUCUUUGUUGAGAUGGUCCCCGUCAGGAGACUAUUUCUUCUCUGCAAAAUUUGAUGGGACAUUCUAUCUCUGGGAGAUUAACACAUGGACAUCAGAACCAUGGUCCUCAACAGAUGGCUUUGUCACGGGAGCAGCUUGGGAUCUUGAUGGUAGUAGAAUACUUAUUGCUUUCUCUGAAUCUUCAACCUUGGGUUCCAUUCACUUUGCAACCAGGCCACCAUCUCUAGAUGCUCAUCUUAUACCUGUUGAGUUGCCGGAGAUACAGUCCUUGACUGGCAG